UGAAAUACCCAUGUGGAAAAAUACCAGUGCUGGCAAAAAGAAAUACAACUGCCCGAGGGAGAAUAGUAGGUGGUUUAAUCUGUCCUCCAGGUGAAUGCCCAUGGCAAGCCCUUAUACUGCAGGAUCAGAGAGAGGUGUGUGGUGGUACUCUGCUCUCCCCAGAGUGGGUAGUCACUGCAGCUCACUGUUUGGAGCAUGUCCAUCCUAAACAGCUUCGGGUGAGACUGGGUGAACACCAAAUAAAUGAAGAUGAGAAAACUGAGCAGGAAAGUAAAGUGACCAGGAUGAUCAUUCAUGAAGAAUACAUAAAUGGCCAAGUCAAUCAUGACAUUGCCCUCCUGAGCCUGAAAACACCAGUUAAUCUCACUGACUAUGUGGUGCCAAUAUGUUUGCCCGAGAAACGAUUUGCUGUGUAUGAACUCUCCUCCAUCAAGUUCUCCACAGUAAGUGGAUGGGGACGUCUACUAGAUGGAGGUGCCACCUCUUCUGUUCUGAUGAGAGUUGAUUUACCACGUGUAAAGACACAAGAAUGUGAAAGGGAGACUGAUUUAAAUAUUACAGAGAACAUGUUCUGUGCAGGAGACCUGUCUGGGGUUAAGGACUCCUGCAAGGGAGACAGUGGUGGUCCUCAUGCUACAAAGUACAAGAACACUUGGUUUCUGACAGGGAUUGUCAGCUGGGGAAAGGGCUGUGCUGUUGAAGGCACCUAUGGGGUUUACACAAGGGUAUCCAAAUACAUCGACUGGCUGAAGAAGAACAUGGAUUAA